AUGGAGCUUCAGGAUGUAGAAGGUGGUGAUGAUGGAGCUGCAGAAUCGGAGCUCAUGUCCAGUACUAAUGUGUUGUCUGGGUUCACUGAGAGCUCCGACAUCAGGGCCCUGAUCUCCAGCCUGGUGGAGCUGCAGGAAGACGUCACAGCCCAGGAGACCACCAUCCAGAAAUUCAUGGUAAUAAUGAACCGCUAUCAAGAGCAGCCACAUCUUCUGGACCCCCACCUUGAGUGGAUGUUGAACAUGCUGCUGGAAUUUAUCCGGAGCGAGACGUCUUCACCACUUCUCAUCCACCUCAGCUUUAAAUUCCUCUACAUCAUCUCCAAGGUUCGAGGCUACAAAGUCUUCAUGCAGCUCCUUCCUCACGAGGUGUCAGACAUGCAGCCGGUGCUGGAUCUCCUCUGUAGGCAGGACCCGAAAGACACAGAGACCUGGGAAACCCGCUACAUGCUCCUGCUCUGGCUUUCCAUGACGUGUCUCAUCCCGUUUGAUCUCUCGCGCCUGGACGGCCAUCUAAACUCCGACCUCAAGCAAAACAGAGAGACGAUCAUGGACCGUAUCCUCUCUGUUGCCAAGUCCUACCUUCAAGUCAGUGAUAAAUCCAGAGACGCCGCCUCAGUGCUCAUAUCAAAGUUUGUGACGCGUCCAGACGUGAAGCAGAAGCGAUUGGGAGAUUUCCUGGACUGGACCCUCGGCAUCAUCUCCCAGUCCAGCGAUCUGAGCACGUUGGGUCACCAGGGCACCGUGGCUCUGGAUGGAGCUCUACAGUCUCUGGCUCAGCUUUUCAAGCACGGCAAGCGAGAGGACGUCCUGCAGUAUGCCCCCACAGUGCUUCAGUGCCUGGACCAGAAGAGGAUAGCAGAGAGUUCUCAGACCAUGUUGAGGAAGCUGGCUGUGAAGGUGGUGCAGAGACUCGGGCUCACCUUUCUGAAGCCGCGCCUGGCCAGGUGGAGAUACCAGAGAGGAAGCCGGUCUCUGGCCGUGAACCUCGCCCAGUCUGCGGCUACUGGAAACGUUCUGGAUGUAAAGCCUGACCCGGGGUCAUUCAACCCAGAGGAGGAAUACGACAUUCCCGAGGAGGUGGAGAACGUCAUCGAGCAGCUGCUGGUGGGUCUUAAAGACAAGGAGACGAUAGUGCGCUGGUCUGCCGCUAAAGGUAUUGGGAGGGUAACCGGUAGGUUGCCCAAGGAGCUGGCAGAUGACGUGGUUGGCUCAGUCCUGGACUGUUUUAGUUUCCAGGAGACAGAGAAUGCGUGGCAUGGAGGCUGCCUCGCUUUAGCGGAACUUGGCCGCAGAGGACUGCUGCUUCCUUCACGUCUCUCAGAUGUGGUCCCUCUGAUCCUGAAAGCCCUGGUGUAUGAUGAGCGAAGAGGAGCCUGCAGUCUCGGCUGGAACGUUCGAGACUCCGCAUGUUACGUGUGUUGGGCGUUCGCCCGCGCUUACGAACCCAAAGAGCUUGAGCUUUAUGUCAAUCAAAUCGCCAGCGCUCUUGUCGUCGUCGCCCUCUUCGACCGGAACGUCAGCUGCAGGAAAGCCGCCUCGGCUGCUUUCCAAGAAAACGUCGGCAGGCAGGGCACGUUCCCACACGGUAUCGAUAUCCUAACAGCCGCAGACUACUUCGCCGUCGGGAACCUGAACAACUGUUACCUGGCCAUCAGCGUCUACAUCGCAGGGUUUGAGGAGUACACCAAGCCCAUGAUCGACCACCUUGUGGACAAGAAGAUCAACCACUGGGACGGGGCAAUCCGAGAGCUGGCCACCAAAGCGCUUCACAACCUCACACUACAGGCCCCAGAGUACAUGGCCAACACAGUUCUCCCGCAGCUGUUGCCGAUGGCGACAGGAGUGGACAUGCACGGUCGCCACGGAGCGAUACUAGGCUGUGCUGAGAUCACACACGCCCUCUAUAAGCUGGCUGCUCAGAGAGACAGACCAGUCACCGACUUCCUGUCUUCAGAAUUCAUAGAGGGUCUCAAAACCAUUCAUCAAACGCUCUCGGACAGGAAGCAGUACAGGGGGUUUGGUGGCGAGCUGAUGAGGCCAGCAGUGUGUCUCCUGAUCGAGAAACUGUCGCUCUCCAAAAUGCCUUUUAAAGACGACCCGGUCAUCAACGGCUGGCAGUCGCUCAUAGAUGACUGUCUGAAUGCCAAGCAGAGCAUCCAGGAGGCAGCGGUCUCGGCUCUCGCAGCACUGUGUCAGCAGUACUAUCAGGCCCAACCCGGGCUGGCAGACACACACAUGCAAGAACAGUUGAUCAGUCGAUAUCUAACCGGUCUGAAGAGUUGUGACGUUCAGAUGUGCUGUGGCUGUGCUUUAGCUUUGGGGUCACUUCCAGACUUCAUGAUCCACAACAAACUACAGCAGGUGUUAGAUGGCCUUCAGGAAGCCUGCAGAAUCACACAGAAGGAACACAGUUUUACGGAGGCCAGGAGAGACGCAGCCUCAGCUCUGGCUCGGGUGUGUGUAACCGUCGGAGUGUGUGCCCAGGCCAGUCCAGACAGCGCAGUGUGUGAGGGAAAUGUGAGCGGAGUGUAUGAAGCCCUGCUGGAGUGCAUGAACGAUUACACCACAGACAGCCGAGGAGACGUAGGGUCCUGGGUCCGUGCUGCCGCCAUGACUGGUUUACAGGACGUGACGCUUCAGGUCACAGGCUCCGCCCCUCACCUGCUCUCUCCCUCCAUUUGUAAGCGGAUGAUGUGCUGUCUGGCCCAGCAGGCUGCAGAGAAGAUUGACCGUUACAGAGCGCAUGCUGGAGCUGUGUUCCUCCGCCUGCUCCACAGCACAGAGCCCGCAGUUCCUCACAUCCCCCACCAGGAGGAGCUGCUCGACAUCUUCCCUCUUGACAGUGUGAAGUCCCUGAACUGGAGCGCUCCGUCUCAGGCCUUUCCUCACAUCACACGACUCCUGAAGUUACCAGUCUACCGCUACCACACACUCCUGGGUCUUGCCGUGUCUGUUGGCGGCCUCACCGAGUCCACGGUGAGAUAUUCCUCCCACUCUCUGUUCGAGCACAUAAAGGGCAUCCAGCAGAACGAGGCAGAGAUGCAGCAGUUUGGAGACACACUUCUGCUCAUCUUCAGAGAUAAUCUGCACAAUGACCGAGUGUCAGUUCCUGUGCUGAAGAUGUUGGACCAGAUGUUGGCCAAUGGCUGCUUUGAGAUCUUUGUCCACCAGGACAGUCACCCGUUCUGUGUGGAGCUGGUGUCUCUUUGUAAGGAGGAGACCAAGAAGUCAAAGGACACUAAGAAGUUGUGCUCCUGCGUCUCGGUGUACUGCGGCCUGAUCCAGUUUGAGGGCGACAUGAGGAAGAAGAUUCUGGUGCAGCUCAUGUUACUGCUGUGUCACCCUUUCCCUGUGAUAAGAAAGACUACGGCUGCUCAGGUGUAUGAGAUGCUGCUGAUGUAUGAUGACGUGGUUGAUGCAGCGGUGCUUGAUGAUGUCAUGACUGUGCUGAGUGACACUAACUGGGAGAGCGAGCUGAGCGUGGUGCGAACCUUCAGAAAUCAGCUGUGUGAUUGGUUAGGAGUGCCACGGCCCACCUUGAUAACCAAGAGUCCUGGGUGAGGUCGACGGACGAGACGAGACGAGACGGAGUGUGUGGAAGUGUGUGCAGUCUAACUUCCUGUCUCUUAUCGGUUUCCAUCCCAUAUUUAACCAACACCAAGAAUCUUCUCUCCUGUUCUGAAACGUCAUCUUAAUAAAGCUUUCCGCACGUU